AUUAUCGCCCAUCCAAUCAAAAUCAUACAGAAAAUGAGGUGAAUAGUGAAGACGGUGAUGGAUUCAAUGGGCGAAUGAAUAUCUCAAAAAUCAUGAUUGCAUUAGCAAACAAUAAUUUACUCAUGGACGUGGAGAUUUGAACAAAUCCUUGGGAUAGCGUGGCCAACAAAACACAUUGUGUUUCAUGUUCCAAGUGUUGUAAAGAAUAGAUCAGAACUCCAACUACUUAUUAAUUCAUAGACAGCAACGUUCAACUCAUUGUUCGGAGUUGAAAAAUCUUUUCUUUCCUUCGUUGCCAAAUCGAGAUGCAAGACUUGGGGAGAUCAAAUAAGCCACACAUUAUUGGAUUUAAAAAACCAACUUAACUUGAUUCAUUCAUUUCCAGACCUAGAUGGGUAUAUAUCUCAGCACCCCCAAAACUGAGAAAUUCUCAGAAGACGGCGAGAAUGAUAGGGUUAGAUAUGGUCUAUCAUCCAUGCAAGGAUGGCGUGCAGCCAUGGAAGAUGCUCAUGCUGCGUAUCCUGAUCUCGAUGAAUCUACUUCAUUCUUUGGUGUUUAUGAUGGUCAUGGAGGCAAAGUUGUCGCAAAGUUCUGUGCCAAGUAUCUUCACCAGCAGGUUCUCAAGCAUGAAGCAUAUGCAACUGGCGACAUAGGCGCAUCAGUUCAUAGGGCAUUUUUCAGAAUGGAUGAAAUGAUGCGUGGACAAAGAGGAUGGAGAGAAUUAGCUAUUUUGGGUGAUAAAAUAGACAAGUUUACCGGCAUGAUAGAAGGAUUGAUAUGGUCUCCUAAGGGUGGUGAGGGUAUUGACCAAGAUGAUGAUUGGGCCAUUGAGGAGGGCCCUCACUCUGACUUUUCUGGACCAACUUCUGGGAGCACAGCCUGUGUUGCAAUUCUAAGAAACAACCAACUCGUUGUUGCAAAUGCUGGCGAUUCUCGUUGUGUGAUAUCUAGAAAGGGUCAGGCAUACAAUCUCUCUAGAGAUCACAAACCUGAUCUAGAGGCAGAGAAAGAAAGGAUUUUAAAGGCCGGUGGUUUUAUACAUGCAGGACGUGUCAAUGGCAGUUUGAAUCUUUCAAGAGCUAUAGGCGACAUGGAAUUCAAGCAGAAUAAACUUUUGCCUGCUGAAAAGCAAACUGUAUCUGCAAAUCCAGAUAUAAACACAGUUGAGCUCUGUGAUGAUGAUGACUUUCUUGUGCUGGCAUGUGAUGGAAUCUGGGAUUGCAUGUCAAGUCAGAUGCUAGUAGACUUUAUUCAUGAACAACUACGUUCAGAGACCAAGCUUUCUGUUAUUUGUGAGAGAGUACUUGACAGAUGCUUAGCACCAUCAACAGCCACUGGUGAGGGUUGCGACAAUAUGACCAUGAUUUUGGUGCAGUUCAAAAAAUCAAUCAAAUCUGCCUCACCUGAAGAGCUGCAAUCCUCCCAUUCUAAAUCAGUUGACACUGAAUCAACGCCAGAGGUAGGUCAAGAAAAAGCAGUUGCAGCUGUUGGUGGAGCUACUAAAUCCUCUAUUUGAAGAAGAUUGGAGGACCAUGCAUUUUCUCAAAUUUUGGAAUAUAUAUAUAUGUGGGAUGGCUUAGAGCAGGAACGAUUUGAUGACAUAUUAAGAAAGUAAUAUAUAUAUAUAUGCUUUUUGUUUCCUUUCUUAAAAAAGAACCAAUGAUUUAAUUGGGGUGUUGAGACACAACAAUGCCAGUAAUAACAUGUACAGUUUAUUAUUAUUGAAAUGUUAUUGGGUUAAUGGAUUGAAUUUUGUA